CAUAAAGAUCAACACCAAAUUGUGAUUUUGUACUGGACAUAGCUGAACAGAACUAUUUCAAAAAUGUCCAAUCUUGAUGAUUUCUUUGCCAAAAAGGACAACAAAAUCAAAAAAAAAAAGUCAAAUUACUUGGCCACCAAUGAGUUGUACAAAACGCUGGAGGAAUCCGCCAAGCAGAUAACAGAGGGUGGCAGUGAUCCCGAUAAAAGUCCAGGCAACGAGGCUCCAGUGGAAGUCCCCAUGGGAUCCUUUGGAUCGACUAUGAAACAGCUGGAAUUCGGCAAUCGAUUCGCGGAAGAAACCGUUGACGGGGAGGACGAAUGGUGUGAUUUCACAGAGGAGAAUCGCAUGCACUACACUAGCCUACGACGCAGCAUCCAGAUGAGCCUUAGCUCCACGAUUCUGGCUCCAUUUUCCGGUGGCGAGGUCAAGGUCAAGGAGUCGGAGCAGCGGGACACCGGAGGCGAUGGCAUAGACGUGGGUCAGGGACAUGAUGAUGGUAUGUCCAAUACCUGUUGUCCCUGGCAGAAGUUGGAAAGCCAUUUCCUAGAGGCCCCGAAGUAUCAGAUGGCGCCUAGGGAUCAGAAGGACGAGAUGGAGCCGGAAAAGCAGGAGAAUUUGAUCGAGAUCAAGCGCCAAGUCUACAUACCACCUGCUCUGCGUCAGAGCCAAGGUGACUUCAAUCGGCGCCAUCAGGCGGAAAACCGCCUGCGCAACACCAACACCCCAACGAAGAUGUCGGGAAAACCCCAAGCCCCCGAUCUCAAUAGUCCCGAAUAUUUUCCCAGCCUGACUGGUUCCAAAAUAUGCAAACGCACCAAGUAACCGAAUUUGCUACUUUUAAUGUUCUUUCCAGUUCGAAGUUUACUACGAUCAAUUUGUUUUGUGUGGGAGU